GGGGUGGGGCAGCCUGAUUAAGCCCCCCAUUAUAAAUACAAGGAGCAGCGUUUGCAGGGCUUAGAAGCAAAGUUUGAAGAAGACAGCUUCCAGAACAGCCAUGGCCUCCAGGCUUCCUCUCCUCCUGCUGCUCCUCUCCAUCGUGGGCUCAUCCUGGUCCCAGCUGAGGGUCUACAACCUCCAGGCCAGCGACCUUCCCUCCGACUUGUUCGGAACCACUGACGGCUACGUCAAGGUGUUCAGUGGCUCGUUGUCUCUGGGGAAGACGUCGGUCCGUAACAACAACCCUAACCCCUGGUGGGAGGAGGAGUUCUCCCACUUCAAGGCCAAGCAGGGCGACACCCUGAAGCUGGAGGUCCAUGACAAAGACAUCCUGUUCGACGACCUGAUCGGAGUCUGCUCCCGUCAGAUCAAAGAAGGAACCCACAGCCAUGACUGCUACCUGAAGAAAGGUGGAACGCUCCACUACAGCUACACCCUGAGCGGGUCCAACUGAGCAUCACCAGAACCGGCCUCAGACAUCAGCUGAGAACCUCCUCCCAGUCCCUCACCCCUCCAUCACGACGUCUGAGCCAAGACAUGAUCACCGCCGUCAGUACAUGACGAAAUAAAGAUGAUGCAAGCA